AUGUUGAUGAUCUAUUUGGCUAUUUUUACUUUAUGUCUUACAUCAAAAAUUUUAGCUCUACCUGCACCAGCUGUCGUUUAUUCAGCUGUUAUCUAUAAUGCACAAGAAUUACCAAUUCAAUGUAAUAUAUUUCGGUCUCAUCCAGAUGGACGUUUAUUAAAAUAUAGACCAUUUACUAUUCGAAGGAAUGAAUAUCGUUUAAUAAAGGAAGUAACAUUGAAUAUGGGAACAUGGACAGCCGUUGCAAUAGUAAAGAAAAUUAAAUGUGGAAAUUUAGUACUUACUGCUCCAUUUGAUCAUGUUAGAUCCAUACAACACAAUUGGGAAUUUCAUGUUCAACCAGAUAAAAUUGUAUCGGUUGGACCGAGUUCAUAUGUUGCUAAUACUUAA